GUAAUGUACUACCAUCACUAGCAAAGCGACUACGUCAAAGGAACAACGGUAUUCGAGUGGCCACGAGCCGAAACAUUUCCGGUAUAUUUCUCGCGUUUAAAACUUCGUGACAACAAUCUUGCGGGACGUCUCCUCUUAAGUAUAAUUCGACGUCUUUGAUCAGAAGAAUCGGAAGGAUGUGGUUAUCGAGAACAUCACUUCUACUCGUACUAAUCGGGUUGGCAAUCUCUGAAAGGGACAAUGAGAACGAUGCGUCUACAAUCUUCAUCGAGGAAGCCAAAAACCUCUUCAGUCAGAAGACGAUCGAAAACAUGGCCCACGCCUUUACGGAUUCCGGCAAACAAGCCGGCGACAUAAUGGGGAAAAGAUCCACAACGGAUGGUUUAGGCCAAAUCAUCGCUGGGAUCAGCAGUUUAAUGGGUGGCCAAAAUAAUCAGGGAUUCGAGAUGGUUGGUACGAUCUUGAGUGCUCUGACCACGAAUGACAAUGCCGGUAGGAGAUUGACGAGAGACACAGAAGACGAAGGGAAUGGGAUAGACUGGGGCAACAUAAUCAGCAUGGGCAGCAUGUUUCUCCAACAAAAAGCCAACAAUGACAUGCUAAUGGGUCUCGUACCAAUGGUUCUAGAUGCUCUAGGUCAUGGAAAUAACGAUGGCCACGUCAGAAAUAACGAUCACUCGGCACAUUCCUGGUUCCUGCCGCCCAUAUUGGAGAACCUUCACGUCAUGUGGGAGCACUUCAGUAAUUCGGAACUCGGGCAAAUAUUAUGGAAGAACAGCGGUCUAUCGAAAAUAAUUGUUCAAAUGUCGGAUGAGAAUGGUAACAUUUUGUGGGAAAGAAUCUUAAACAGUUUUGAGAAUCCUACUAUACGUCGAAGAUGGAUCAAUUCGCUCACGACUUUUGUGGCCGACUGGAUCUCUCAUGUUUCCGAACCAAAGAAUCAGCAACGUUAUCUUACUGCUAUGCAAUUCGUCGGUAAUAGUUUCCUCAAAUCUCAGGGAUUCCCGAAGACAAUGAUGUUCGAUUCCACAAGACCAACGGAAAGUCUUACCAGACUGGUAAAUGCAGUGGCGAAGAAAUACUUAAACAUGAAUGUUGACAGUCAUCAAUAUGUAAAGCCAGCGAUAGCGUACUUCCAAGAAUUAGUAAACUUGGCCUCCAAAAAAGGAUUUAUCAUGUCCAGAGUGAAUGCACGAGAAUUAAGCAACAGAUUAAGCGAAAUCAUCAACAACGAUAUCAUUGCCCCCAGUCUCAAGGCCUAUCGAGCAUAUAAAUGGGCGACAAAAGUGCCGCAUUGUGCUAGUCAAAUUUUGUGUACUAUAAAUGAAAAGAGUCAGCAGGACGACAGCAAGGAAUCACGCCUACGUAGCAGCUUGCUGAUGACAGCGAGUUUCCCUGCUGCUUGGGCAGUCAGUAACAAGUUAGGAAUCAAUUUCUGGUCACUCUAUGGAGCCAUCAUGGAGCGCGAAGGAUGUAUUAGUAAAUACCCAGCGGAUUGCACUGUUUUCCACGAAGAAGAGAUCAGAGCGACUACGGAAAAUAUUCAUAACGAGCUUUGAGUUUAAUUUGCUAAUAGUCUGUGAGAGACAUUGGCUAUUAAGUCACCUCUAGACUAGAAAGACGUGCCGCGAAGCCGUGUGUGUUCUCUUUCAUCCACACUCUUUAACGUAGUUAUUGCACAAAAAUGAAAUGCGUUCGAUAAAAUUAGAUUAAAUUGCGACAAUCGAUAGAAAUAACUUAACUAUCAAGGACUAUUUCUUCUUUAUAUGUACAUAUAAGCGUUACACAAAACGUUAAUCUUAAAUACUAAAUUUUAAUAAAACAUAAUUCUAAAAUAACACAAACAUUGAAAGAUCUUAUGAAUAUGUAUAAAAGACGUUCUUAUUUUAUGGAUAUUUAAUAUGAUGGAUGUUUUUAAGAUAUUUUCGUAUUAUUUGAAUAGGUUUAUGUUCUACAAAGCAAGAUUCUAAGCAAAAGCAUGUAAGAGCGUUAAUAAUUAAUCAGAAAUCAAUUUGAAAAAUAAAUACUACAUGUGUAGUUAAGAAUAUUUAAACAGAUUCAUCAAGUUUUAUAUUGUAUAUAUAUAUAUAUUUUUUAGAGAAUUCAAAAUUAAUUAUUAAUAAUAUAUCACAUUUUGACAUAGAAUUACAAGUAAAUCUUAUGAUUUUAUGAUAUUUAUAUAAGGCGGAUAGAUUUUAAUCUUUUCUAAUUAAAAGCCAUUGUUGAGUUCACAACAUUAUUCGUUUUUCUCUUAAUUGCUUAUGUAGUAUUUGUUAGUUAAGAUGAAAGAAAGUGCAAUUGUAUGGACUUUUUUAUACGUGUUGCGCUUUAGCGCAUCUCCUUCGCGAGUGCAAUAAUAUGUGGUGCUCAAACGUUUGUACUCUACUUAUAUAGGUAUAAAUGUCAUAUUAAUAAUUGUAUCCACGAAUACACAUAUCGCGUCUUUCCUCCUGUUUUAUCUCUUUAUUAUUUUUUACUAUAGGUAAAUCUAUAAAAAUUCUAAUAUAUAAUUAAAACAACAAGAAGGCACAUUCCCCUUUGCAAUAUAACACUCGCUGUUACGGAUGGCGACUCUUUCUUUCAUGCGAAAAAUAGAACCACUCGAGUCAGGCUGAUGAACGGCUUGGUCCAAUGUGGAACGGAAGUCCAACUACUGGAUACAUUCGAUACGAUAACAAGUUCGUAAGAACUCAAGCUGCGGACACUCGUACCGAAUCCACAAACAACAGUUCUCAGUAAUAUUUUUUGUAAAUAGUAAAUAAAAGAUAAAUAUAAAAAUAAUGUGCAUGAAAUGUACAA